AAAUUAUAAAAAAAAUCUACUACUGCGUCGACAUUGACAGCCAUUUAUUUUUGUUUUGAAUAGAUUAUGAUACGAUAAUAAAAGCGUAAACUUGAUUCUAAUUGAUAAGGAAGGACGUAUACACAAGACGAAUGUGUAAUAUAUAUUUAAAUUAAUUUGUAACAUUAUGAUAUCAAAAAGUUUAUGUUUGAGGUUAUAAAACAACAACAUGAAACUUUACUGCCUAAGUAGCGAUGCAUCGAAGCCAUGCUUCGUGCUGUCCUUCAAGGAGUUGCUGAUAAUGCUGGAUUGUGGUCUGUCAGCACACUCUGUGCUAAAUUUUCUACCUUUGCCUCCUGUUCCAAGCACCAGGCUAGCCUCCCUACCGAACUAUACACCGCCACAUCAUAAUGAUCCACUACUUGAGGGGGAACUAAAGGAAUGUUGUGGAAGAGUAUUUGUGGACAGUAUUCCAGAAUUUUGUCCUCCUCUGGACAAAGUGGUGGAUUUUUCUCAACUGGAUGUCAUUCUCAUCUCCAACUACACUUGUAUGUUGGCAUUGCCAUUUAUCACAGAAGAAACUGGAUUUAAAGGACAAGUGUAUGCAACAGAGCCCACACUGCAGAUUGGAAGGUUCUACCUGGAGGAGCUCUCAGAAUGGGUGUCAGCGAGUGGCGAGGAUAGUGGUGCGGCAAAGCGAUGGAAGAAGGCGGUUCACGUCCUCCCGCCGCCGCUGGCAGAUGCUGUGCGCCCGCGUGCUUGGCGCCGUCUGCUGGCGCCGCAACACAUCGCACGCGCACUAUCCCGCGUGCGUGUCGUCGGCUACGACGAGCGUGUCGACAUCUACGGCGCGCUAGACGCCACAGCCGUCAGUUCCGGCUUUUGUCUCGGCUCCGCCAACUGGGUGCUGCGCUCUGCUCACGAGAAAGUCGCGUAUGUGAGUGGAUCCAGCACGCUGACGACGCACCCGCGGCCAAUCAACCAGGCAGCGCUGCGCGGUGCAGACUUGCUUAUCUUAGCAGCGCUGACGCAAACGCCAGCACACAACCCGGACCACAUGCUGGGCGACUUGUGCGUGCACGCUACGGUAACGUUGCGCGGCGGCGGCUCAGUACUAUGUCCAGUGUAUCCGAGCGGCGUGUUGUACGACUUGCUGGAGUGUCUAUCGGCCCACUUAGAAGGUGCAGGUCUUGCGCACGUGCCGCUGUACGUGGUGUCGCCGGUGGCGGACUCGUCGCUGGCGUACAGCAACAUCCUGGCGGAAUGGGUGUCGGCGACCAAGCAGGCGCGCGUGUACGUGCCGGAGGAGCCGUUCCCGCACGCGGCGCUGGUGCGCUCGUCGCGGCUGCGGCACGCACGCGCUCUGCACGACGACGCGCUCAGUGACUUCCGACAACCUUGCGUACUGUUCUGCGGACACCCCAGCCUGCGCUUCGGUGCCGCCGUGCACAUGGUGGAGCUCUGGGCCUCCAACCCGCUGCACGCCAUUAUCUUCACUGAGCCCGACUUCCCGCACACGGAGGCGUUGGCGCCGUUCCAGCCGAUAGCCAUGAAGGCAUUCCACUGCCCGAUCGACACGUCGUUGAACUACUCACAGGCCAACAAGCUGGUACGCGAACUGAGGCCGCGUGAACUCGCGCUGCCCGACCAAUACGCGCCGCCCGCGCCCGCUUCCUCCUCCGCGCCGCCUCCCAGAGAGACAAGUCGACCGCACAUUUCUGCGGACGUGCCCACGCUGGUGGUGCGGCGCGGCGCGGCUCUGCGCGCGGGCACGAGGCGAGUCGCAGCGCGCGCCACACUCAGCGGCUCGCUGGCGGCACGUGUCGCUGCUCGCGAGCUGCGCGCCGGUGUGCGCGGCGCUCCGUUACGCGCCUCCCUCAGUCUGCGCGACAGUCGCCUGGAGCUGCACUCUCCCCCGCCCGGCGCACCGGGUGCUGCGCCCGCGCCGCCGCCGCGUCUGCAGUGCGCGCCGCCCGAUGUGGAUGCGCUGGAGCGCGAGCUGGUGCGCGCGGGAGCGACAGACGCCCGCGUGGAGCGCGGCGCGGACGGCUGCAUCCUGCACCUGCCGCGCCACGACACGCUCGUGCACGUGGACCGGCUCGCCACGCACGUGUUCUGCGAGGGCGGCGCCGACGUGAGACAGGCGCUGCGCCGCGCGCUACACGCAUGCGUGCCACAUCUCUAGCGCGCCUCCCACACACUUUUGUAUUAAUAAGUACUAAUAAAUGACUAUUACUAUGUAAA